UUAACAGAUGCUUAAAAAAUGCAGUUGAUGGUAGUCUUUAUACAAGGAAUAUCUCUGGUAAACUUUCUGGUUACGAUGUGUCUGAAAUAUAGAAGUUCCUCUGAAUUGCCAAAGUCUUUAGAAAAGCUAUCAGUGAAAUAUGAAAAGAAAACCAGCUCUGAAUGAAAUGUAAAAAAAAAAAAAAGAAAUUUAAGGUUUACUGGCAUACUCAAAACUAAGGGAAGGAACAAUACUGUACGUAGUCCAGUACUUUGAAACCAAGAGCCCAAAUACAAUACAAUGUUUUUAAUUACGUCUAAUAGCCCAUUCCGGUUUGUGUAAUUAUAAAGAUUAAUUUUAAUGCGUACUGGCGACUCGCAGCCUACUUUUUUUUUUAAAUUAUGCUCACAUGGGAACCUUGAAAAGCUUCGUUUCGAGAGAUGUUUUCUUGCUGUGAAUGAUGUCAUUCUUGUGACGAAUGCGGAAACUUCCGACCACCUCUCGCGAUAGUUGGCACCAGACGUGGGAUUUUGGAAAAAUCUAGCAGGGUAGUGGCUGGUUGUAAGGGCUGACAUAACUGGAAACGCUUAAUAUGAGUGAUGAUAAACCUUUCCAAUGUACUGCUCCUGGCUGUGGACAGAGAUUUACAAAUGAAGACCACUUGGCUGUCCACAAGCACAAACAUGAGAUGACCCUCAAAUUUGGUCCAGCCAGGACCGACAGUGUCAUAAUUGCUGACCAAACACCCACCCCAACACGCUUUUUGAAGAACUGUGAGGAGGUGGGGCUCUUCAAUGAACUCACAAGCCCCUUCGAUCACGACUUCAAAAAGGGGGCUGAAGAUGAUCUUAAAAAGUUACCGCUGGAUUUGUCACCGCUCGCCACCCCUGUCGUACGCCACAAAAGUGAAGAAACCGCCGCCCUCGAGGCCCAUCGAGGCAGCCCUUUGCCUCACCCGGAAUCUACAACCGACGACGACAAGGACUUAUGUUUGCAGCCAGCCUCGCUGCCAACAUCCGCUAUAGUCCAUCCUGCAUCCCUCCAAGUUCCCAAUGUACUCCUAGCAACCUCAGAGGCUAAUGUUGUUUUACAGCAAGCGCUCCCAUCGCCAACUAGCUCUGUUAUUACCCAGGUCCCAUCCACUAGUAGGCCGAUAGUGCCAGUGUCUGGCACCUUUCCAGUGCUCUUACAACUGCCUAACGGCCAGACCAUGCCAGUUGCCAUUCCGGCGGCCAUUACCAGUUCCAGUGUACAUAUUCCCACUGCGAUCCCACUUGUCAGACCUGUCACCGUAGUGCCUAACGUCCCCGGCAUCCCCGGACCCCCCUCGCCACAACCGCCGCCCGCCCAGUCAGAGGCAAAGCUGAAGCCAAAAGGCUCACCUAGCCAGCAGCUUCCUCCACUCAUCAACGGUGACAGCAGUGAAGUCCAGAGCAGCGCCAUAACGCACACCACCAGUGAAGAACUCUCCACACAUUCCCUUCAGCAGCCAGCCACCUCCACCACAGAGACACCCGCUUCCCCGGCGCCCCCUGCGUCAAACCCCCCAAGCACCGGCGGUCGGCGGCGCAGAACCACGAGCGACGACCCAGAUGAGAAGCGGCGCAAGUUCCUGGAGCGCAACAGGGCCGCAGCCUCGCGCUGCAGACAGAAGAGGAAAGUGUGGGUGCAGUCCUUGGAGAAGAAGGCCGACGACCUCAACUCCGUAAACGGACAACUUCAGAGUGAAGUCACCCUGCUGAGAAGCGAAGUGGCUCAGCUGAAGCAGCUCCUCUUGGCUCAUAAAGAUUGUCCUGUGACGGCCAUGCAGAAGAAGUCCGGCUAUCACAUCGCCGACAAAGACGGGAGCUGCGAGGAAAUGUCGCUCCCCGGCAGCCCUCAGAGCGAGGCCAUCCAGCACAGCUCCGUCAGCACCUCCAACGGGGUCAGCUCCUCCUCGUCCUCGGCGCCCGCCCCGUCCAACCAGAGCACAGACGACAACCAGCCACUGAGCGGCGCCCCCAACUCUCUGCCUUCGGGGAGCUGAUUGUCCCCCCCGCCCCUGUUCGAUGUGUCUCGGUGUCCCACACAAACACGGGGAAGGGCUUGUCCUCCUGCCUCACUUUGGACCAUUGUCACAUUUAUUUAUUCUCUCCUUACGUUGGGUCCGUUUUAUUCUCUGAAGGCAACAGUGAUGUGACGGUGACAACAGGAAAUGGCACUUUACGAGUAUUGGAAUGCGAUUCUAACUUAAUUUAUUAAUCUUAAAGGGAAAGUCAAGUUCUUUACUGUAAUAAUGGUCAACAGAGAAUUUUAGUCAGAGAUGGAUUUAUGUGUCCCCAAAUGUAUUUUUGAAGCUGAUUUCCCUUUUUUUCUUUCCUUCUAGCAUGUCCGGUUUUCAGCAAUUUUUUUGUUUUUAAGCUUGACCUAUAAACACUGGCCAAUAUAGAUGUUUUUUUUAUUUUUUAAUCCUGCGUUGUAAUUUUUAGCUGACGUUUCAGAAAGAUAUUCCUAACCCUUAAUUUGUCAAUUUUAAUAACUAUAUGACUAUAUUACUUAUUGUAUUAUUAUUAUUAUGUCACUGUUAUUAUGAAAAGCUUUUGUGCUAGGGGAAAAACGAGCAGAUUCGGAAUCAGCACCAAAAAAAAAAAAAAAUCAUCAUGCCUCUGACUAAAACAUGAAG